CCUUCAUUUAUCGCAAAGCCAUGCGCGUGUCCAUCGACGUCACUUGACGUGCGCUUAUAAAUUGUACUCGCAGGUACCGUUGAGACAGUUCGGUCGGCGCCGCCCAGCGAGAUCGACAUAGGUGCUGCCUGAGCGUAUCAUCGGCGAAGCUUUCGAGAAGACUCUUCUCCUCUCCGUUAGUUCAUCAUCGGUCAAGGUCGCUUCAAAUCGUAAGUCAUGUGUGCGUACAAGGGCUUUUCCACCAAGGCUAUUCACGCUGGACAAGAUCCGGAACAAUGGAGUCAUUGCGCACUGGUACCUCCUCUGGUGAUGUCUACUACUUUUAAACAAGAUGCUCCUGGUCAGCAUAGAGGCUACGAAUAUGGUAGAAGCGGCAAUCCUACACGUAAUACGUUAGAAACAUGUCUGGCUACUCUGGAAAGUGGCAAACAUGCUGUCACUUAUUCCUCUGGUUUAGGAGCAACAACAGCAGUGACAAGCUUAAUGGGCUCAGGAGAUCAUCUUGUCUCUGGAGAUGAUAUUUACGGUGGUACCAACCGUUACUUCCAGAACUGCUUGAUUAAACAAAACGUGGGUGUCACAUUUGUAGACAUGACCAAUCCGCAAAAUGCUAUCGACGCUAUAAAACCGAAUACCAAGAUGAUAUGGAUUGAAACGCCUACGAAUCCCUUGCUAAAAGUUAUAGAUAUUAAAGCCGUCGUUGACGGUGUUAAGUCUCGCCGAUCGGACAUCGUAAUAAUUGUCGAUAACACAUUCUUGACAUGUUACUUCCAAAAACCACUGGAUCUCGGUGUUGACGUAGUUGUAUAUUCCUUGACAAAAUACAUGAACGGUCAUUCGGACGUUAUAAUGGGCGCCGCGAUCACACGGCGGGACGAUCUCGCGGAAAGAAUGCGAUACUUGCAAAAUGCAAUGGGAAUUGUGCCGUCUCCCUACGACUGCAGCAUGGUCAAUCGAAGUUUAAAAACGCUCGAAAUCCGAAUGAAGGAGCACAUGAAGAACGGCCUAGCCGUGGCGAAAUUUCUGCAGACUCACCCUAAAGUGGAGAAAGUGCUCCAUCCUUACCUACCGUCACACCCGCAGCACGAACUCGCGCUCAAGCAAUCAACCGGUCACAGUGGGAUGGUUACUUUUUAUCUGAAAAGUGACCCAACGAAGUUCUUAAAGGCACUGAAAAUAUUCUCCUUAGCCGAGUCAUUAGGCGGUUACGAGUCACUGGUUGAAAUACCGUUUAUCAUGACGCACGCAUCCGUACCCUUAGAAAUGCGAAACACGUUGGGCAUUACCGAUAAGAUGAUUCGACUCUCGGUUGGAAUUGAAACGGAACAGGAUCUCAUAGCCGAUCUCCAACAAGCACUAGAUACUUGCUAAUGAAUUUAAUAUGAAAUUAUUUCAAUUAGUAGCAUAAAUAAUAACGAUACACAGGAUGGGGCAAUGACUUUGUCCAUCUGGAAUAUUUCCGCGAAUAUUUUUAGAAAUGUGAAAAUAUUUUUAUUAUGAAACUUGUGUAUGUUAUCAAGAGGAUCAUAAUAUACACCUAAGAGAAUGAUUCUUAAAAGAAAUAUAUUUUGUUAAAUAUUUAUAUCCUUAUAAUUGUCAAAUAUAUGUUUCUUUAAUUAUUGUAGCAUGUGUUGUGAUCAGUCCGGAAGUAAUAAGAAGUGCUUCAGGAAUUGGAUGAUUUCAAUGUUGUAUCGAUAUAGACGGACAUCACUUCGACAACACUUCUUAUAACGUAAGAAUCAUUGCUUUACUCCUUUAUUUAAUGCCGAACGAACGAUUUUGUACUAUAAGUCUUUGAAAUCGUUUGAGCAUCCACUAUUGCAUUAAAAACGAAAAAAAGUAUAGCAUGUUAUUUAAAAGACGGAGGUGACCUUGAAAUCUCCGAAGUGCUUUCAUCCACAAAAUUAUUACUAAUGUAUUAUGGCUCUCUUGAUAUCGUACAUAUAUAAUUUUCGUACUUAAAAUAUUUUCAUAUCUCUAAGAAUAACGGAAAUAUUCCAGAUGUGUGACAGAGCGUCCAACUCUAUACAUCUUAAUUAAUAUGUAUUACUUUAAUGGAUAAUUCGACUCAAACUUCAGCAUUGUUGCACACUUUUAUACGGCGAUAUAAAUGCGCGAGCGACGCAAUGAGGACCGCCUUUGAUACAGACACAAAAGUAUUAAUAGGUACAAAGAGACUUUAUUUUUAUAAAACAUUUUUACAUUCCAUAAUUCUCGGAUUCACAUUAGGAACAGUAAGUAUUACCUGUAUAAUGUACAGCAAUAGAUACUUUUUGACACAUGUAA